AUGGCUCGAAGAGUGGAUAGCAUUGAAGUUCUCGAAAGAGCCGCUGACGGCUUUAAACUUUCUCUGUUUCUAAGCGCUGUGAGCUGCGAGGUCUUCAAUGGCGGCAUCGAAACUCACAGCAUUGCAAAGGGGAUAUCGCUUCUGGCCGUUUCCUUGAAACAUGCGGGGAGAAUCCUCCAGGAACCUGACCCCAUAUACUCCGUACAAGCUGCAAACACCAUCGGGGAAAUCUCGCAUCAGAGUGCUGCAGUAUUUGACGAACUCAAGUCAAUGCUGAGCAAUGCUCAGGCUCGUGACAACGGAGCAUCCAAAAAUGAGACUUUACGAGAUCAUUUUCUCCGUUGUUUCAAAAAACACCGUGUCACAUAUCUCAUCGCCUACAUGGAGUCACUCAAUCUUAGCCUCAUGGCUAUAGGGCAAAUAAUAAACUUAAGGAAACUAUUAGCUUCAAAAAGGUAUAUGGAGCAGGGCCUUGCUACAGCUUUAAUUGAACAAGAACGCGCUGAAAUUCAGAACAUGCUUAUCAUUCGAUGCUGGUCCUUGAACAGAUUAGACAGGCUUUACGAUCUGGCUCGCCGAGAGGCAGAAGAAUGGAACAUACCUUGUAUACUCAACCCUGCUUUUGAUCCAUCAAUACCUGCAAGUCAACGUAAUGCUUUCAGAAAGCUUCGUGCUGUUUCAUUUGGAAAUGUCGACAUCAGUUUACAGCAAAUCAAAAAGACACCCAAAGACAUGGUCCAGGUAUCUGCCGAAGCAAUCGACCCAUUAUUGCAGCUAUGGGUGCGAAGAAAACAGGUCUCAUGGAAUUUAAGCUCUUGCCUACAUCAUGACAACUGCUUUGAGCUACCAUGCGACCCUCCUACUCCUAAGUCUGCGGAUGUGAAGGCUUCAGAAGGCUCGGAGCCACCUUCUCAAAGAGCCAAAGUAUAUGCUGAUGAUCUUCAACAAGGAUAUUCCAAGUACUGA